AUGGUGAGGUACAUCAGGGACCCGAGGAAGUGGAAUUUUGCCAAGAAGCCUCUGCUUGUUGUGAUGGAUCCUCAAGGCAAAAUUGUGCACAAGAAUGCUGUUCACAUGAUGUGCAUUUGGGGAAGCAUUGCCUUCCCUUUCACUAGCCAGAAAGAGAGAAUGCUUUGGGAAGAAGAAACAUGGAGGAUUGAGCUUUUGGCUGAUGCCCUAGAUCAAAACUUAUAUACUUGGAUCACGGAUAGGAAGUACAUUUGUUUGUAUGGCGGAGAAGACAUCGAGUGGAUCCGAAACUUCACAAAGGCAGCGAGAAAUGUGGCUCGUGAAGCCGGGAUUCAGUUGGAAUUGCUUUAUGUGGGGAAGAGCAAGGCUAAGGAGAAAGUGGUGAAGAACAUCAUCAGCAUCAUUCAAGCUGAGAAGCUAAGCCACACCCUUGAGGUGAACCUCAUUUGGUUCUUCUGGAUUCGUCUCGAGAGCAUGUGGCAGUCCAAAGGACAAAUCCUAAGCGAGCAAAGCAGAACCCAAACUGAUCAUUUGAAAAGCGAUCGUAUAAUGCAGGGGAUCAUAUCGAUGCUGAGCUUUGGCUCGAGCGACCGCGGAUGGGCAGUGAUCGCCCUUGGCUCAGCAGACAUGUCCAAGGCCAACGGGGAGCACAUGUUGAGAAGCUUGAGGGAGUACAACAACUGGAAAAUAAGGCCAACUGAAAUAGGGUUUACACCGGCACUGAAUGAAUACCUAGAAGGGGUGCAUAAACAGGCUCCACACCACUGCACUAAUCUUAUUUUGCCUGCAACCGGAAUCAUGCCUGAGACAGUUGCCUGCGCUGAGUGCGGCCGUCUCAUGGAGAGGUUCUCCAUGUUCCGCUGCUGCACCGAUUGA